GCAGGCUUUAUGACUGGAGACGUCAAUGUCGAUUGUUGGCUUAUCAAAUUUUCUUUCUGCCUUAUUACUACCUUAUCAUCAAGCCAAAUCUGCGCUACGUGGACUAAGAAGGCGUUUAUACUGGGGGACUUUAGAUCAGCAGUAAGUAAUUCGAUAUUGUGCCACUGCUUUGCUAUCUAGAUCUCUCGCCAAGCAACACCGUGGAGGUGGAAGGUCAUUCACUCGCACCACGGGACUUGCAUCUUGCACAUCCGUUUGCGCCAUCAUCUUCGUUCAAGGGUCCCAUGGCCACGAAUUACUCUCAUCGCCAUUCUGAAAUCACCUCUCGAGGUGUUUCGUCAGAAUAUUUUGCCGAUUAUGACGCAAGGAGGGCGUUUAGAUUAGAUCGAACUUCAAUUCCAGAAUUCCCUUUACCUCCUUGAAGUCCUUCUGCACUUCACGGUCUUGCAACACAUACACUCGACCAGAAACAGCGCCAGGCUCAAAUUUUACGACAAUAAGCAUGAGCCUCGAAAAGGUCUCCUCCAACAAGGCAUUCGGUGGUCAACUUGUUAAAUACAAAUUCAAGUCUGAGACUUUGGGAGGUUUGAAUGCAAACUUCAAUCUCUACCUUCCACCCAGCGCAACAACUAGCAAGGUUCCCAUCUUGACAUAUUUGUCCGGUUUGACAUGCACAGAGGACAAUGGAGCUCAGAAAGGUGGAUUCCUCGGUCCAGCGGCUCAGGAGGGCAUUGCUAUUCUCUUUCCUGAUACCUCUCCGCGAGGUGCUGGCAUCGAAGGUGAAGACGAUGAUUGGGACUUUGGUACAGGUGCCGGAUUCUACUUGAACGCUACAAAUCCCAAGUUUGCUAAGCACUACAACAUGUUUACACAUGUUACCGUCGAGCUCCCUGCAGUCCUCGCAGCUGCCGCCUUACCCAUCGACUUUACUCGCCAGUCUAUCUUUGGACAUUCCAUGGGAGGUCACGGUGCUUUGACUCUGUACCUCAACUCAUUGUAUCACGGUGCGAAGCAAUACCGUUCCGUCUCGGCAUUUGCACCUAUCUCGAACCCAAUCAAUUGUCCGUGGGGACAGAAGGCGUUCACUGGUUACUUGCAAGGCGGCAUUGAAGAGGCUAAGGAGAAGUAUGACGCCACUGAGCUCAUCAAGAAACUAAAAUCACCGGUGAACAUCUUGGUCGAUUAUGGUACCGCGGACAACUUCUAUAUUCAGGGUCAGCUUCUCCCAGAGAAUUUUUUGAAAGCUGCCAGAGAUGCUGGAUACGACGAGGUGCAAGUCCGUGUGAGAAGCCAGGAAGGCUAUGACCACAGUUACUACUUCGUGAGUUCUCAGUUGAUUAAUUCUAUAAAUUCCUCACUCGUGCUGCUUCAACAGAUUUCUACGUUCGGUGCCGAUCAUAUCCACUUCCACUCGAACUUUUUGAAGGCAUAAACGGGAAUGACGACGAGAUCGGACAACGAAAAUAUAGGAAAUCAUUGUAUACUGUACUCACUCCGAAUAUCAUUGCUGUAGCUAUAUCAUCCCGACAACCGAGGAACGGACCGGAGAGACAAGAGCGAAGUACGCUGAGAUAGAAUGCACAGGAUCCCAGCAGGGAGCAAGCGAUGUGUUACGACGUUAUCGAGUGUUCAUUCGUUUAUGAUAGGCAGCCGUGAGUUCGUUCAAGUCGCCUCUGAUCCACUUGCUAUCCAGCGCGUCGUACACAGUUGCUCUUGACUGGGGAUCCGGGGAGAGAAGCC